CAUUCCCUGGACCUAAUAACUAUAGAUUCUUCAAUCCUUCCCCUCCCAAGUUCUACUCACCAUAAAUACUUCUGCCGUAGACCUACUCAUCCUAAAUUCUUUCACCCUAGACCUUCUCACCCUAUCAUCUUUUGCCCUAGACCUACUCACCCUAAAUUCUUCUGCCCUAGACCUACUCACCCUCAAUUCUUCUUCCAUAGACCUACUCACCACAAAUUCUUCUGUCCAAGACCUACUCCCUCUAUAUUCUUCUGCCUAGACUUACUCACCCUAAAUCCUUCUUCCCUAGACCUAUUCAUUCUAUAA